AAUAUAAUAAAAUGGAGUAAUUUGAAUAGCAAAGAGAGAGUGAGAAAUCAAAUAGAGAUGAGGGAGUAAUAAAAAAAAGUAUAAAGAAAGGUAAAGGAAAGAAGUAAUAAGUAAAUGAUUAGAAAGUUGAAGAAUGUAGUAUUUGUUAUGGUGAAAUAAUUGAUAAAGUAAAUUAGAGUAUAAUUAUAUUAGGGUAUAAUAUAAACAUGUUAACAUACCUAUUGUUUUGAUUGUAUUGAGAUAUGGGCAAAAUAAAAUAAAACUUGUCCUUAGUGCAGAGUCCAAUUUAGUCAGAUUUUAAGAUUAUGGAAAUAAGGUAAGAGGAAAAGAUAAAAAACAUAUGAUUACCCUGGAAAUAGAAUAAAUUCUGAUGAUGGUGAAUUAUUAUCUCUGAAUUUUUAUUUUCAAUCAACAAGUUAAAUGCCUUUUUUUCAGAGGUUUCUGAGUUUACCCUUUGAAAAUUUCGGAUCAAUAAGUUCAGAUUCAGAAUGAAUAAAAAUUUACAUAAUGG